AUGACUUUGGCCAUUUUGAAUGAGAAAAUUUUCCACGACUAUCUCGCCAGUCAAGAAGCGAAUUUGCCAGUCUUAACAGAUGUGGAGGAAAUCGCUCCUUUGGUCACGAGAGUACUGGGAGCCAAUCCUGGCAAGUUCCAAUUGCAAGGAACGAACACCUAUCUCGUCGGAAGUGGGAAAGAAAAAAUCCUCAUCGACACCGCCCAAGGCGAACCAGAAUGGAUUGAUUUCAUCUCGUCCGUUUUGAAAGUAGGCGGCUUCAGCAUCAAAUACGUGCUUCUUACACACUGGCACUGGGAUCACACGGGUGGUGUACCCGAUUUGAUCAAACGGUACCCGGAGCUCUCAUCCAAAGUCUACAAGAAUAAUCCGGACCUGGGUCAAUUGCCGAUUGAUGAUGGACAAGUCUUCGAAGUUAAAGGAGCCACGGUCAGGGCGGUGUUUACACCGGGUCAUGCCAACGACCAUAUGUGUUUCGUGCUCGAGGAAGAAAAUGCGUUGUUCACAGGUGACAAUGUGUUAGGACAUGGCUAUACAGUCGUCGAGGAUCUCAGACUGUAUACCUCAUCCCUUGGAAUUAUGGAAGAGCAGCUGUGUUGCAUUGGCUAUCCUGCCCAUGGUGAUGUCAUAACAAACCUUCCCAUCAAAUUGAAGCAGUAUAAAUCUCAACAGAUGCGACGGGAAAGACAGAUACUUGGAGCAUUGAAACAAAUCAAGGAUACCCAAAUGGAAGGGGGAAAUGGGGGCAAAUGCAGCGUCUCUAUCCAGGAAAUUGUCGGUAUAGUCUACGGUAAUGUCACAAAAGAUGUGAGCAGGCUGGCGCUGGAGCCAUACAUGAAUGAGGUCUUAUUAAAAUUGGCUCAGGAUGGGAUGGUUGGCUUUCAUUUCCAACGGGGCUGUAAGAGGUGGUUUGUCAAUCCUCUAGUUUGA